GACGCUAGUAAAAAAAAAUGGAUAAAGUUGUCGGAAUUGGAAUUACUUCUUCAAACUCGAAACGUUUUUCUAUAGGUCCACCAAUCCUUCCUCCUCCACAAGAUCUGCCUGUUUACGUCUUCUUUCUUCUGGGCUUAACACUGCUGAUUCAAACCUCACUCUCAACUCCAAAUUUACUACUAGUACCCAUAACUGCCCGCUGUUUAUAUACGACUAGUUGUUAGUUUCGUAUCCAAUUGCUCCGUUUUCAGUAUAAUUUGUGAUCACGCUUUGUGCAUUUGGUCAAAGGGGAUUGUGAAAUGCGAUCCAUGUCGAUACCUAAGGAGCCAGAGCAAGUGAUGAAACGGAGAGAUGGAUCCGUUUUGGGAAAGAAGACAAUUCUCAAAAGUGACCAUUUCCCUGGCUGCCAAAACAGACGCUUAUCCCCUCACAUCGACGGUGCUCCUAAUUAUCGCAAGGCCGGCUCUUCGCAUGUUCAUGGUGUUGCUAUUCCAACGGUUGAAGGUAUCCAAAAUGUUCUUGACCAUAUUGGAGCUCAACUGAGUGGGAAGAAAACACACUUUCUCUGGAUUAAUCUCCGUGAGGAACCGGUGAUAUAUAUAAAUGGACGCCCGUUUGUCUUGCGUGAAGUAGAAAGGCCUUUCUCAAAUCUCGAGUAUACGGGAAUUAACAGGAAAAGGGUAGAGCAAAUGGAGGAUCGCUUGAAAGAAGAUGUUCUGCUAGAAGCUGCAAGAUAUGGAAAUAAGAUCCUUGUAACUGAUGAGCUUCCUGAUGGUCAGAUGGUGGAUCAAUGGGAACCAGUAACAUCUGAUUCUGUGAAAACACCCUUACAGGUGUAUGAGGAACUGCAAGCACAAGAGUACCUUGUUGACUACGAGCGAGUUCCUAUUACUGACGAAAAAUCACCCAAAGAGCUGGAUUUUGAUAUUCUUGUUCUUAGAGUUUCUCAAGCUGAUGUGAACACACAGAUUAUUUUUAAUUGCCAAAUGGGACGUGGGCGAACAACCACAGGAAUGGUGAUUUCCACAUUGGUGUACCUCAAUCGUAUAGGGGCCUCUGGAAUUCCAAGGAGCAAUUCCAUUGGUAGAGUUUCCGACUGUGUCUCCAAUCUGAAUGAUACAUUACCAAACUCAGAGGAGGCAAUCCGUAGAGGGGAAUAUGCUGUAAUUAGAAGCUUGAUUCGGGUAUUAGAGGGUGGUGUUGAAGGCAAAAGACAAGUGGAUAAAGUCAUUGACAAAUGUUCCUCUAUGCAGAACUUACGUGAAGCUAUUGCUAUCUACCGCAAUAGUAUUUUGCGCCAACCUGAUGAGAUGAAGAGAGAGGCUGCACUUUCGUUUUUUGUGGAGUACCUAGAAAGAUAUUACUUCCUUAUAUGUUUUGCUGUAUAUCUCCAUACACAACGAGAUGCACUAUUUUCUAGGUCCUCUGCACAGUGCAGCUUUAGUGAUUGGAUGAAAGCAAGACCAGAGUUGUAUAGUAUAAUCCGUCGCACACUUGUAUGGGCUCCAGUGGGAUGCUGCUUUACUGGAAAAGCCCAAAGGAAUCCUGCAUUAUUGGAAACUUAUUUGCUAGAUUUGGCUGCAG